UUAAAUAUUUUUUAGACAUCAUGGCUGCAUUUAAUAAUAAUUACUGGCCGAGCGACUUGGAUGAUGUUGAGCCGUUCAGCGAUGCGCCGAGAAAGCUUGAUUUCGGAGAGUCCUCGAAGACCUCGUCAUUGGGACGGAUGUCCAUGAGGUUCAAAACGAAGAAAUUGUCGGAAUGGAACAGGGAGGAUAUCGUUGAUUGGGUCCUGAACACAUGCAAAGUAAAUCACAUCGAAUCUGAUGCCGUGAACGUCUUCGGUAUCGCUACCCUCACCGGAAACCAGCUAAAGGAAAUCUCUGAAGACCGACUGAUCGACAUAGAACCUGUGUAUGGCAGAGAGCUUUACAUGGCAUUGCGGCCGUACCAACACUGGCGGACAUCAGACGAUUCUCAAGGCUUAUCCAUGGACUCUACAAGGAAUAGAUACUUUGUCCCAAGCCCCAGCAGACUUCUGGAAGACUUAUCGUUAUCGAACUGCGGCAGACUCUCACCAUUCCCACAAUACGAUCCCCCUCUUGAACUUCUAAGGAACGAAGACUUGUCCAUGUUAGACACAUAUGAAAACAUGGACGACCUCACUCCUGACUGGGAUUUUCUAGGUUCUGGCACCGCUCACCAACAAGGAUCAAGUCCUUCGCAACUCAUGAACUUGGCCCAAGUUUCCGCAGUACAAGGCGCCUCAGCAGUCGACUCACCAACUCUACCAGCGUGCAACUCUGAUGCGACUUCUGGUGCAGACAAGAGACGCCGAACCCGAAGCAGCACCAACAAGCCCCGAGAAAGAGGCAAGAAAGUCUGGGAGUUUCUCUUGGACUUGCUGAUGGACCCUAGCACCAACCCCUCCUUGAUCCGCUGGGAGGACGAGGCACACGGCGUCUUCAGGCUUGUCGAGCACGAGCUUGUAGCUCAGAAGUGGGGCGCUCGGCGAGACCGUAGUGAUCUCUCGUAUGAUUACUUCGCUAGAACUAUGAGGUAUCAGUACACUACAGGAAUGCUGGAAUCUGUUCCAGAACGCAAACUUGUCUUCAGAUUUGGACCGAAAGUUCUUAAGAAACUCAACCAUCAAAUGUAAAAAUAAUGAU